UGGUCCAAAUAGAACGACUCCCUAAGAUAAUAGGGGAGCUAGCUCCGUUUCAGUUCCUGUCCUUUACCCGGUGAAUAGAAAAAGAGAGGAAAAACUGAUAAUUGAGGGCCGACCCCGACGCGGACCGACUGAAGAAGAGGAAAGCGGGCUGAAUUUCCCUUUCAGGUCUGAUUGAGUGUGCGACUUUGUAUUCCGAAGGAUCGCCAUCUCCACCUCGGCUGAGCAACAAGACGGACCUGCGGCUCAGCUCAGCUCAGCUCAGCUCGGUGGUUGAUCUAGUCAUUUUUAUGCCGCAGUUACUGCGUAAUCAACGUUUCACUAUUAGAAUUGGGAUUGAAACCUCCUCUCCAGCUGCUGCCGCUCAUCUAUCCCUACUAACAACACAUCUUUCGUCUGUUUUCUCGAUCUCCCCUUUUGCAAUUCAUAAGCAGAAUAAUAAUUCUGGUUUUACAAGGAAAAGUAAGAAGAAAAGAAAGAUAUAAAUAAUAUGCAGAAGAGUGGGAGUGUUUCCAAGAACAGUUUGAGAGUAACGACGCCCCAGCAGUCUCUCAGGCGACUGGGAUUGUGCUCCCAGAUAGCUACUGCAACUGGGGGCCAACACUCCUCCCCAAUUGUCUUCCCUGAGAAACAGAAGCGACAGAAGAUCAAGGCUUCCAAGACUCCAACCCCUGCCUCCACUGAGGAUCCCAACACACUAAAGACCUUCGAGCACAGGAUUGACAUUCCGGCUUCUGCUGCUGGAGAUGAAAAGUCUGAUCUGUUGGGUUAUGUCGUCUUCACCGGAAAAUUAGUGUUGGACAAAAGAAAAACCAGCAGUAUAAACACUUCUUCUUCUACUGAUGCACAACAAACCACCUCCUCCUCUGCUGAUAUUCCCAACCAGGAAGCUGUUGCUGGCAAGCUUACCAGUAAGGCUUUAAUUUGGGGUUCUCACAUGCUGCAUCUUGAUGAUGUCAUCUCAGUUUCGUACCAUGUUGGUCUCAGACAUUUCACCGUGCAUUCUUAUCCCUUGAAAAAGGGUUCUUGUGGCCUUCCAUGUUUUAUAAAGCCUCGCAGAAGACGUAAGGACUUUCGAUUCUCGGCUUCUAGCAUAGAAGAGGCAGUUCAGUGGGUUGGGGGGUUUGCUGAUCAGCAGUGUUAUGUGAAUUGCUUGCCUCAUCCAUUGCUAUCUUCUAAAAAGCAGGCUUCUUCAGAAUUAAUCCCAAUUGAUACUCCUCCUGAAUUAAUUUUCAAAUGUAAGAGUCCGCCAAAAAUGCUUGUUAUAUUAAAUCCACGAUCCGGACGUGGCCGUUCAAGUAAGGUUUUUCACAACGUCGUUGAACCUAUAUUUAAGCUUGCAGGUUUCAAAGUGGAGGUAGUUAAAACAACGUCUGCAGGUCAUGCUAGGAAACUUGCCUCUACUGUUGACAUUAGCACUUGUCCUGAUGGAAUCAUUUGUGUUGGGGGUGAUGGAAUUAUUAAUGAGGUUCUAAAUGGUUUACUAAGUAGAGACAACCAACAAGAAGGAAUUUCUAUACCAAUUGGGAUUAUACCUGCUGGUUCUGAUAAUUCAUUAGUUUGGACAGUCCUUGGAGUUAGAGAUCCAGUUUCUGCUGCAAUGGCCAUUGUCAAGGGGGGUCUUACAGCUACAGAUGUUUUUGCUGUUGAGUGGAUUCAGACUGGCGUUAUUCACUUUGGGAUGACAGUCUCAUAUUAUGGUUUUGUGAGUGAUGUAUUGGAGCUCUCUGAGAAAUACCAAAAGCGCUUUGGUCCUCUUCGUUAUUUUGUUGCUGGAUUUCUCAAAUUCUUGUGCCUACCAAAGUACAGCUAUGAAGUUGAGUAUCUUCCAGCUUUAAAAGAGGACGUAGAAGGAAAACUCUCAGAAAGGGAAGUAGUUGACAUGUCAGAACUAUACAGAGACAUCAUGAGGAGAUCAAACACGGAUGGGAUUCCAAGAGCCUCUAGUUUGUCAAGUAUCGACUCCAUCAUGACUCCUACUCGAAUGUCUGGUGGAGACUUGGAUACAAACUGCAGUAGCAGUCAUGCUAGCAUUGAACCAUCUGAGUACGUACGUGGCCUAGAUCCGAAAUCAAAACGACUUUCAACGGGAAGGAGCAAUGUAACUGCAGAGCCAGAAGUUAUUCAUCCUCAGCUUCCUCUGUCAACAACUCCAAAUUGGCCAAGGACCCGCUCUAAGUCGAGAGCAGAUAAAGGAUGGUCUGGAUUGACAGCCACACAUGAUGCCUCCAGAUCUUCUUGGUGCAAUGCUGGAACAAAUGAUAAAGAGGAUAUAUCAUCAACGCUGUCUGAUCCAGGUCCAAUUUGGGAUGCGGAACCCAAGUGGGACAGUGAACCUAAUUGGGAUGUGGAAAAUCCUAUUGAAUUACCAGGGCCAUCAGAUGAUGUGGAAGCAGGAAAAAAGGAAGUUGUUCCUAGGUAUGAAGAUAAAUGGGUUGUUACGAAGGGUCAAUUCCUCGGUAUUCUGGUUUGCAAUCAUGCUUGCAGAACUGUUCAGAGUUCUCAAGUGGUGGCGCCAAAAGCUGAGCAUGAUGACAACACCUUGGAUUUGCUCCUAGUUCAUGGAAGUGGGCGGUUAAGGCUUUUGAGAUUUUUCAUGCUACUGCAGAUGGGUAAACACCUUUCACUGCCAUACGUGGAAAAUGUCAAGGCAAAGUCAGUGAAGAUUAAGGUAUCAGGAAAGCACACCCAAAAUGGUUGUGGUAUUGAUGGAGAGCUUUUUCCACUCAACGGGCAAGUCAUUUCUUCUUUGCUUCCAGAACAGUGCAGACUUAUUGGUCGCUCCCUUCCCGCUAACCCUCACGUCUGAAUACCGUGUAUCUUCUCUUGGACUUGUAUAACGGAGUCAAGGGCAUCUUUCCUAUUCACUUAUCGAAUAUACAAGAUUAUAUGUUUGACACUUGGCCGUUACACCUUAUAAUAGUUGAGGCGCCUAUAAAUGUUUUGUUUGCCCAAGUGUAUGUUGUUUAUCGGUGUUUAUUUUCAUUCAUUUUUUUGUAUUCAAUUUGAGAUCAUGUAACAUUGUCCUUGUUUUUUAUUUGGCGCAAUCUGCUUGUGUGGUACUCGUUA